UAUGCUGUUGUUUUGGUCAUACCGAAACUUGAGGGAGAGAAUAAAUGACUGCCCUGAACAGAUUAGGACUGACUUUGAGCAUUAUGCACAACAACAUGUUGCAGCAUAUACAAUUCAGAAGUGGUGGAAGAUUGUCCAUACCAGACCAAAUCCUCCAUUGGCUGUGUCUGGUGCAAGUGUGGUUAGGCAAUUGCUGCCACUUAAGAGGAUGGACUUUGUUUUAGUUGGAAGGAUGCCUGGAUCAACACAGAAGAAAUUUAAAGAGAAAGUAGAAAAAAAUGGUGGAAGAGUUAUUUCAAUGCCAAAAGAGAACCUACCGCAUGAAAGAUGUUAUCUAGUGUGUUCAGAAGAUGAGGUCAAAAAUGAUCGCUCAAAGCUAAAUAGUGAUUUGGUUAUGGCCUACCAAAGGGGAUGGACAGUGGUGAGACCGAGUUUCAUUGAGUGGGCAGUAAACGAAAGAAUUCCACCCAAUGUCGAAGAGCAUGCAGUAGACCUGACUCCUCUGGCAGCUUUGUCGACAAGCACAUGUGGUGCAAUGCAGCAGUCUGUAGAACGGUUACGAUUUAGUAAAGAGAUUUCUGGUUUUGCUGCCCUGAAGAGAACAAUAAGAGAAGUGGAAAAGGGCCCAGUUGAUGAGAGUGGUAGCAAAUCUCAGAUUAGAAUUCACAAAAAGAAAAAAGACGCAAUGGUUUCCCCCAAAAAGCCACCAAAUGGUUGGACAGCAUUUCUCAAUGAGAAAUUAAAAGAGAGAGUGCAAAAUAAUCAGAGUCCUGGACGAACAGAAAGGAUGACGUUCCUCAAAUCGAUUCAAAGUAUGGCACAGGACUGGAGACAACUUUCUGACCUGGAGAAGAGAGACUAUAAACAGAAAGCCAUUGACCUCCAUUUGUCAAGGAAAGAAGCAAGACAUCAAAUUCGCGAAGAAACAAAAGAGAAUCGCCAGAGAGAACAGCUCAGGGAAAAGGCAUAUAAAACUUUCGCUAAUAUGAGAAUCAAUGAUAACCGAACUGUAAAUAGGACAGCUUAAAUCGUCUGAAAAAGCAAAACGAUGGUUGGAGAUGUA